CUAUCUUCCUAUCUCUCUGCCUCAGCCUCUCGGUCUCUUUCUACCUCAACUAUCCUCUACUCUCCCCUUUUGGUCCAAGCUGGGCUUAAUGUCUGCAGUUUAAUCCUCACCCCAUCCCUCCCGUUCCCAUCAGCCAGAUCCCAGACACCCCACAGCUCUAUUGAGUUCUCUCCUGCCCAUCUCCCUGCUCUGAGGUGAGCGUCCCUUUGGCCAGCGGAAGACCCGAUCUACUUCCUGAAUCCAGGUACCUGGCAGUGGCCUAGAGCGCAGGGCGAGGUGGCCAGGGUGUAUGGAUGGCAAGAACCAGACAGCGGGCUUCCUCCUACAGGGCUUCUCUGACCUGCCACGGUUCCGGCCCCUCAUCUUUGUGCUGCUGCUGGUAGGGCAUCUGGCCACCCUGACCGGCAACCUGAGCAUCCUGGUGGCCUUGGCCUUGGCCCCACGGCGGCCGCCCAUGCUGCUCUUCCUGGGCCAGCUGUCGGCCAUCGAGCUGGGCUACGCCUUGGUGGUGGGACCACGGUUGCUGGCGGACCUGGCGGGCCCCGCGCCCCCAGCCGGACGUCCCAUCUCCUUCCUGGGCUGUGCCGCACAGAUGCAGAUGUUCGUGGCGCUGGGUGGAGCCGAGUGCUUCCUGCUGGCGGCCAUGGCGUUCGACCGCUACAUGGCCAUAUGCCUUCCGCUGCGCUACCCGGCAGUGGUCACCCCGGCUCUGUGCGCCCGCCUGGCGGUCGGCUGCGGCCUGGGGGCCCUGGCCGUGUCACUGGGGUUGACGGUGGCCGUGGUCCGCCUACCCUUCUGCCGUUCACGCCUCCUGCCGCACUUCUUCUGUGACGUCACGGCGCUGCUGCACGUGGCCUGCACCCAGAGCCGAGCCGACGAGCUGCCGCUGCUGGCUGCCAGCGUGCUGCUGCUGUUGCUGCCCUCGCUGCUCAUCCUAGCCUCCUACGGGGCCGUGCUGGCCGCCGUGCUGAGGGUGCCUGCUGCCGCUGGCCGCCGCAAGGCCUUCUCCACCUGCACCUCACACCUGACGGUCACCGUGCUUCACUACGGCUGUGCCGCCUUCACGUACGUGAGACCCAAGGCCAGCUACCGGCCUCGGCGGGACAAGGUGGUGGCCCUGGUUUACACCAACCUCACGCCCCUGCUUUACCCUCUCAUCUACAGCCUGCGCAACCGCGAGGUCACCGGGGCCAUCCGGAAGGUGCUGGGCCCGAGGAGGGCCGGCCAGACUCUGAACCGCCCAUAAGCAGCCCGGGCAAGGGACCGGAG